AUGUAUCUCCACGAUUGCCGCUUACAAAGUCCACUGGAUUCACCUGUGGGCAAAGGCUUCUGUGGUUGCCGCUCACGCGGUCUUCUAGACUUGGAGCGUGCGACCGUUGGAGCAAUGACACGUGGCGCGGGGACGGCACUAGUCGUUGUAUCUACCACUGGUCUGUCGUCAGUACGACCGGUGGCGCACGAAAGGCACAGCCCCACCCACGUGGCUCUCAUCAGUGAGGAUAGCCACACUCAUAGGCAGGUUGGUGUCCGUGGUAAAAGGGGCUCAAGUUCAGACAGCCUUGAGCUUAACCCCGACAAUGUGGCGAGUCCUUUUGUGGAUGUAGAGGCGGUCGAAUUCGGGAAUUUCUCGACUGCUGGUCCACCCUCAGGACGAGGUCACCCACCCCCACCGCCUCUCUCAUGA